AUGGGAUCUAGAAAAAAAGACAGUUCCUCCUUUGACGAAGAAUAUCUUCUUAUCGAGAUGUUCGACUUGUUUUUAGCUGGUACUGAUACAACAACAAACACCAUGAGAUGGGCAUUACUGUUAAUGGUGGCUUAUCCUAAUGUUCAAGAAAAGUGCUACAAGGAAAUUGAAUCCAUUGCUAAUGGUAAGGAAUUUGUAUCUUAUGAUGAUAGACUAAGGAUGCCCUAUACACAGGCUGUUAUUCAUGAAACCCUGCGUUUUGGAAAUGUAGUUCCUCUCGCUGUUCCUCAUAGUACAACAAAAGCAGUGCUGUUUAAAGGAUAUACCAUUCCUCAGGGUACCCGGGUGAUGGCAGAUUUGAACUCUGUUCUUCGUGAUGAGACUCAGUGGAAGUUCCCCCAUGAAUUCAACCCUGCCAACUUUCUUAAUGGCAAUGGAGAGUUUGUGAAGCAAGAAGCAUUUAUGCCCUUUUCAACAGGUCCACGAGUUUGUUUAGGUGAGAACUUAGCUCGUAUGGAGAUCUUCCUCUUCUUUACAUGUUUACUGAAAAAAUUUGAAUUUUUUCAGCCUGAAAAAUCUGCAGCUCCCAACUUCACAACCACAUUUGGGAUAGUACAGUCAUUAUAUCCCUUCAAAGUAGCGCUGAAGUGCAGAAAGAAUUAG